AUGGCGGCGGCUACCUCAGGAGCUGGUCGCCAUCGGCUAAGCAAGAUGGGGUCUGGCCGGCGCCCACCUCCAGCUCGAGUAAGGGUGGCUGUGCGGCUGCGGCCAUUUGUGGAUGGAACAUCUGGAACAAGUGAAUCCCCCUGUGUGCGAGGCAUAGAUAGCUGCUCUCUUGAGGUUGCCAACUGGAGAAACUACCAAGAGACUCUAAAAUACCAAUUUGAUGCCUUCUAUGGGGAGAAGAGCUCUCAGCAGGACAUCUAUGCAGGCUCAGUGCAGCCCAUCCUGAGGCACUUGCUAGAAGGACAGAAUGCCAGUGUGCUUGCCUAUGGACCUACUGGGGCAGGGAAGACUCACACAAUGCUGGGUAGCCCAGAGCUACCUGGAGUGAUUCCCCGGGCUCUCGUGGACCUCCUACAGAUGACAAGGGAGGAAGGUGCUGAGGGCCGGCCAUGGGCCCUCUCUGUUACUAUGUCCUACUUAGAGAUCUACCAGGAAAAGGUAUUAGACCUCUUGGACCCUGCAUCAGGAGACCUGGUGAUCCGAGAAGACUGUAGAGGAAACAUCCUGAUUCCAGGCCUCACACAGAAACCCAUCACUAGCUUUGCUGAUUUUGAGCAGCACUUCCUGCCAGCCAGUAGAAAUCGGACUGUAGGAGCCACUCGUCUCAACCAGCGUUCUUCCCGCAGUCAUGCGGUGCUCCUGGUUAAGGUGGAUCAGAGGGAACGUUUGGCCCCAUUUCGGCAGCGGGAGGGAAAACUCUAUCUGAUUGAUUUGGCUGGCUCAGAAGACAACCGGCGCACAGGCAACCAGGGUCUACGGCUCAAAGAGAGUGGAGCCAUCAACACCUCCCUGUUUGUACUGGGCAAGGUGGUGGAUGCACUGAACCAGGGCCUCCCUCGUGUACCCUACCGGGACAGCAAGCUUACUCGCCUGUUGCAGGACUCUCUGGGUGGCUCUGCCCACAGCAUACUCAUUGCCAACAUUGCCCCUGAGAGACGCUUCUACCUAGAUACAGUCUCUGCACUCAACUUUGCUGCUAGGUCCAAGGAGGUCAUCAACCGGCCUUUUACUAAUGAGAGCCUACAGCUUCAUGUCUUGGCACCUGUUAAGCCAUCUCAGAAAGAACUGCUAGGCCCAUCAGAGGUGAAGCAAGCCCAAGGUUCUGAGGAAGAGGAGAUUAGAAGCCCUGAGCCCACAGUAGCUCCAGUCUCUGCCUCCCAGAAACUCAGCCCCCUGCAGAAGCUAAGCAGCUUGGAUCCAGCCAUGCUGGAACGCCUCCUGAGCCUGGACCGCCUGCUGGGUUCCCAGGGGACCCAAGGGACCCCUCUGCUGAAUACCCCAAAGCGGGAGCGGAUGGUGCUCAUUAAGACAGUGGAGGAGAAGGACUUGGAGAUUGAGAGGCUUAAGAUGAAGCAAAAAGAACUGGAGGCCAAGGUGCUGGCUCAGGAGGCCUCAGACGCAAAGGAGAAGGAGAACUGCUCUCUCACAAUGCUCCGACCCCUUCCCCGUCGCACAGUCACAACAGCAAAACCCCUGAAAAAGGCUGUGGUGAUGCCCCUACAACUCAUUCAGGAACAGGCAGCAUCCCCAAGUGCUGAGAUCCAUAUCCUAAAGAAGAAAGGCCAGAAGAGAAAGCUGGAGUCCUUGGAUGCCUCAGAGCCCCAGGAGAAGGCUGAGGACUGCUGGGAGCUACAGAUCAGCCCAGAGCUGCUGGCCCGUGGGCGCCAAAAAAUACUUGAUCUGCUGAACGAAGGCUCAGCUCGGGAUCUGCGCAGCCUGCAGCGCAUUGGCCAGAAGAAGGCCCAGCUCAUCGUGGGCUGGAGGGAGCUCCAUGGCCCCUUUACUCAGGUGGAGGACCUGGAACGCGUGGAGGGCAUCUCCGGGAAACAGAUGGAGUCGUUCCUGAAGGCGAACAUCCUGGGCCUGGCCGCCGGCCAGCGCUGUGGUCCCUCCUGACAGCCAACUCCUCACGCUGCCUUUUAUAUAUAUAUAUAUACAUAAUUUUAAGUCCUUGUAUCACCGCGUGUUGUAAAUACAGCUUUUCCUCCCGUG